GGGACUCCAGCUGAUUUUCGCUAGGGCGAGGAUGGGCGUUUGGGCUUUCAUCGCGGAUCCGGUUCGCUGUGCUUUCUUAGGCAAGUACGAGUGACUUCGGCGGUUUUCUCCAUUCCGCUUACCUUCCGGAGUAUUCAUUUCUACAACCGUUGACUGAAAAGCAGCAGAAAUUUUUUUUUGUUCUGUGCGGGAAUGUCAGCACUGAGAGAAGACCCACAGGAACUCUGCUUGCUUUCUCUGUCAUCUGGCAAUUUUACCUCAUUGUCCCCAAGGAGAAGGCAGACUGCUUCUUUGAUCCUGUCCAGUAGGAAACGAAGAUCAGAUGACAACGAGGAUGAUAACCUCCACCCUCCUAAUUCGAAGAGGACUAAGAGGGACCAGGCCUUACAGGACACUCGUGCUAUAGAGUCGACAAGCAGUGAUUAUGAAAGGAACCAAAGCAACUUCAAUAACCCCAAUCGUGAGAGAGUGCCAGAGAGCAGCUUAAACCAGAAUACUGCUGAACUAGACUCCAAUGCCCCUGGGUUCUCCCAAGAGGAGGACUAUGAAGUGUGCCAAGACCAAGAUCCUUACUCCCACAUUAACAACAUCUUGAAGGAGGCUCAUUUCUACAGCCUCCAGCAGAGAGGACACUCUCCGACAUGAAGGCCUAGGCAUCCUCCUUUACUGUUUAUAAAAAUCAAUGGCAUUCACGCAAAGCAGUCUUGGCUUUUGUCUGUAUUUUCAGUAAGAGGUUAAUGGGCACUGUAUUCUUUUGUUGUUUUGCUUCACCACUGCAAUCUGAAAGGAUCAUUUAUGACAGUUGGAUAUGUUUUCUGUCAUGUCUGAUGUCCUAUUCAUGUUAAAAUAGCAGUAUGAGGACUUCUCCUGAGACUGAAUGGAUUACAUGUCUAAUUCAGGUUAGUUUCCAAGUUGCUCAAUUAGGGUGUACAUGUUAAAUGUUGUUUUAAAAUGUGAUUUCCUUAUGUUUUUCCUUGAAAUGUAAAAGAACAAACUAUCAGAAGCCAACAGCAAAUCAGUAAUGAGCAUUGGGAAAGAGGGGAAAUGUGGGUAGCUUGCUCUCAUUCUGAUAUGAACAUGGGCUGAUCCUCAGAAGGGAAAUUUCUACAGAUAUCAUCUACCUAUACUGGUGCAAACAUCAGCCCACGUAGGCUGUGAACUUGAAGCCUGUGUCUAGUAACUGCAUUCUUUGUAUUUCAGUGGAGAAGCAUUCUUCCUUUAAUGCUCCUGUGUGUGCUCUUAAGACUUGUGUCAAACUCUUAUAAUUCAGAGAAGUGCAUAGCAAUGCUGUAGCUUAAGUACAAAAAUUGGAUAUUUACUGCUUCUGUGUUGUCUCUUACAGUUCCAUCUAUUAUGUCUAAUGUUGAUAAAAUCUAAGCUAUUGCAAACGA